GUGUUCUAAUAGUUUUAUUCCUUUCCACAAUGGGUUCACGUUCUCGCAGUCCUUCGCUGAAACGUCGUCACCACAAGAGCAAGCAUAAAAAACGCAGCAAGAGUAAGUCACACAACCGAGACAGGGAGCGUGAAAGAGAGAGAGAACGGGAAAGGGACCACGAACGUAGCAGUUGCACACGAAGCAGCCGAACGGAUAGAGACAAAUCAACAGAAAUGAACCAACAUGGUCGGCGAGAUCGUGACAGGCAUCGCAGCGACAGGCACACGCACUCGCACACACACAUACACUCGCACACAGAGCGCGACUAUCAUCGGCACUCGCACUCCAAGUCCCGCAAGCGGUCCAGCUCAUCCAGCAGUGAUAGUCAGCAGUACUCCGAUCAUGAGACUCAGCGGAGUCGGCACAAGCGCAGUCGCUUUAAGAAACUAGAUGAGCAAAACUUACUACAGGUGGAACGAUUGGCCGAAAUGGAACGGCAACGUCGCCAAAAGGAGGCUGAGCAAAAAACCAUUGAAGAGCAAGCGGCCAAACGAAUCGAGAUGCUAGUGAAGAAGCGUGUUGAGGAAGAGCUCGAGAAGCGUCGCGACGAAAUCGAGCAAGAGGUGAAUCGUCGCGUCGACACUGCCAAAGCUGAAAUGGAGCGUGAUAUGAUGCUGGAGCUGGAAAAGCGACGCGAGCAAAUACGAGAAGAUGAACGCCGUCGCGAGGUAGGUGCUCGUAUUCAGAUUUCGCUGGACGACUGCUGCUACCACAAAACACAAACUGCCACUACAACUACCACAAACAAUCUUCGACUCCUACCGAAAAACACAUACACGAACAAAACCAAAACCAAAAACCACCAACAAAAAGCAGUUGCAAACAGUCGUCUUUUAAAAGCAAAUGUUACUCGAAAUUGUGUAGCGACGUUUCCCAUUUCACCGCCAAAAACACCAGCAGUAAAAGCGGCUCAGUGUGCCAAUGUCUAUGUAUGGGUGUGUGUGUGCGUCUGAGUGUGUAUUAACCUUACUAACCAUCAUUUAAAUAUCUCAUAACAAACGCAGUUAUGUUCUUGAAUUUCAUUAGAUUAGUACUAUAUUGUAUCUUAUCGUAAUUGAAGAACCAACUUUGGAUCUUCACGUCAUUUGAAAAACUCUUUGAAUCGUACUAUUGUGCAAUAUUGUUAUUUUUGAUAUAUAUUCAAUUAUUGCAGUCAAGAACAUGGCUGAAUAUCCUGCUAUUUGUUAUAUUGUAAUUUUUAACCCUUUAGAUUUUAAGCUCAUCUUGAGGCUUGCGCAACAACAACAACACCACACACAUGCACACACAUUCCUAUUAAACAAACACACUGAGCCCUUUGGGCACGUCGCUGCACAUUUCGUCUCUAUUCUUGUCAAAUAAUUUUGUAAUUAUUAUUUAUUUUUUCUACCAACCAACAAAAAAAAAAAAAAACCAAAAUGUGUCUUGCAGCGCAUAAAUCUAUUUGCAUUACUUUUAGCUUCAUCUUUUGUUUGUUCGAUAUACAUUAUAUAUAAUUUUGAUUGGUUUCUGUAA